UGGUGGUGGUCGUAGCGGUGGCGGAGGAGGCGGGUACGAAUCAGCUGCGGGCGGAGACAUGGCCAACAUCGCGGUGCAGCGAAUCAAGCGGGAGUUCAAGGAGGUGCUGAAGAGCGAGGAGACGAGCAAAAAUCAAAUUAAAGUAGAUCUUGUAGAUGAGAAUUUUACAGAAUUAAGAGGAGAAAUAGCAGGACCUCCAGACACACCAUAUGAAGGAGGAAGAUACCAGCUAGAGAUAAAAAUACCAGAAACAUACCCAUUUAAUCCCCCAAAGGUCCGGUUUAUCACUAAAAUAUGGCAUCCUAAUAUUAGUUCUGUCACAGGAGCUAUUUGUUUGGAUAUCCUGAAAGAUCAAUGGGCAGCCGCGAUGACUCUCCGCACUGUAUUACUAUCAUUACAAGCACUGCUGGCAGCUGCAGAGCCGGAUGAUCCACAAGACGCUGUCGUAGCAAAUCAGUACAAACAGAAUCCCGAAAUGUUCAAACAAACGGCUCGGCUUUGGGCACAUGUGUAUGCUGGUGCACCAGUUUCUAGUCCAGAAUACACCAAAAAAAUAGAAAACUUAUGUGCUAUGGGCUUUGAUAGGAAUGCAGUAAUAGUGGCCUUGUCUUCAAAAUCAUGGGAUGUAGAGACUGCAACAGAAUUGCUUCUGAGUAACUGAAGCGUAGAGCGCUGCUCAUAGUCAAGUUUGCCUCUUGAGGAGCACCAACAUCUGUUAUUUUUAGGGUUCUGCAUAAAUUUCUUUUAAACUGGCAUUCUUGCCUAAUGAUGUUACCUAGGCACCAUUGGAGACUGAAAAAAACAAAUUCCCUGCUCUGUAAAUAAAGCUAAUUAAACGUCUGUGUAAAUUUAAAAGGGGACAUACUUUAAUUUUUUUUCUUGAUAGUGUAAACAAUCUGAGCUAAGCUAAAACCAUGGAGAAAACAUGCUACUUUAGUGUUUAGCAGUGUAACAAGACUAGCAAGAGUUUGCUUCUGGGUUUUGUUGAAUAAUUAAGAUAAUACUUUGAGUGUGUCCAGGCCAUUCAAAUUGUUGGUGUUGCAUCACAGCUACCUUAACUGUUCUUCACAUGGAUCCUCUGUGCCUGUGAAUUAAUUGCAUGCUUGUACUUGACUUAUUAGGAGGGGAGCUGAAAAGACCACCAUUUGUAAGCAUUAGGAAAUGUGUAAUAGGAGAUUACUCCAGAAUCGAAGUUGGUGACCUAUUCAGAGCCAUUUGUCCCUGAGAACAGAUUAGGAAACUGAAUCUGUUUUCCCUGUUACUGUGCACAGCUAACAUUUUAAUGGGAAAUUUCUCUGCAUUUGUUGGGGAAAUGUGCUAGGAUAUUAGGGUGAGGGGGGCAAAGGCCAUUGCUCCAUUUUUAGGUUGUAGGUUUGGAAUGUUUUACCAAAAUUCUUUCACACACACUUAAGUUAUCCUAUGUAAAUGUAAUAAUGUAAAAAGGGAGCCUCCAAUUUUAUUACUCUUUAAAACAGUAAAUACUUGCUGUUGUACUCCCAGAUUUAAUGAAAGACCCAACUCAGUUUUUCAAUGAAUUUCACAUAAUUUUUAAAUUGGUGAGAUUUUUCUUUGAGAACUUGAAAUGAUGCAAUCAAUGUUCGGUAAUUUAUAGCCUAAGUUUAGGCCAUUAUAGAGAUUGCUUUAUUAGAUAUUUUCAAAGUCACUGUUGAUUGCACUUAACCCAUGUUAACAUGAAAGCUGUGUUGGUGUUUUACUGUACAUAUUCAAAUGCACAUAGGAAUAGAAGUGUGUUAUAAAUCUAGCUUUCUUUAUGAUGUUUCUGAUAGGAGAAUCAAAACUUCCUUCUCUACUUGUACAUAGUCAGACUUUCUAUUCAUAUUGUUAUCUUUCAUUCUAAGUUCAGUUUUGAACAUUAUUAGUUUUGCAAGCUCAACCACAAUUUGACCAUUUUAUGAAGCUUGAAGUGGAUUUAUGCAGGCAAUUUGAUACAGAGUAAUGUAAUUCUUAUUAAACUUUCAGGACCAAUGCAAAAUAACAAAAAUGUAAUGGAAUCCAACUGAAUUAUAGAAAGGUUGUGUAUUGACAGUCAUAAAAGGUUUGCUUUCUUAAGUGUUAUUUAUCUUAAGCUAUAAUCCGGAAGUGUUUGGAAGAUAAUUUUUGAAUCUAUUAAGUCAACAUGACUUCUUUUGACUUUUGAAUAAUCUUGGUACUACAAGCAAUAAAAGAACCAUUAUUAAACAUUUGUAAUGUUUAAAAAUGUGAA